AUGACAUCAGUAGAAUGUCGAAUAAAAGAUAACAUAGAUAGAAUUGAAAAAAUUAUUUUUGAAAAAAUUGAAAUUUGGGCACGUUCAGCUGAACAUGAUUUAACAAUUCAAAAUGUUACUUCGAUGUUAAUAAAUAUGAAACGUGCUUCAAUGGAUAUGCCUUCAUUUAAGAUUAAAAUAAAUGAACGAAUAGAUGAAUUACUCAAUUAUUAUAAAACUAUAACAAAUGAUAAUAUGACUUUUACAAAGUUAGGUACACUUUUAAAUCAGGAUAAAACUGGUAUAGGUCAAAGUAUUAUUUCAGAACAUAAAUCAUUUCAAGAUAAAUUAUUAGAAACUAUUACGUUAAUAGCAGGAAAUAGAAAGCAGGAAUCAAAUGAGAUAGAUUGGGAUGCAGAUAUACGAAAAAAAGUUCCAGAAUUAGCAGCAUAUAUUUUUGCUUUAUGGACACUUAAAAAUGCCGAGCAUUAUUUUGAAGCUGCCAGUUCAGAUAAUCGAGAUAAUUAUCUUUUUCAACCUCAUGCAGCUCAAAUUAUUUCAAUAUUUCGUAUGCUUGGAACUGGUGAAGGAAAAUCUAUUACAUUAGGAUCUAUGUCUUGUAUACUUGCACUACUUGGUUUUGAUGUACGUUGUGCAUGUUAUAGUCAAUAUUUAAGUCAAAGAGAUUAUCAAGCAUUUGUACCAUUAUUUGAUUCAUUAGGUUUAUUAAAUUAUAUACAUUAUGGUACAUUUAAUAAACUAUGUGAAGAGGGUGUGGGUGUGGGUGUGGGUGUGGGUGUGGGUGUGAGUGGGUGGGUGUUGCUGUGGGUGUGGGGUGUAAGUGUGGAUAUGGGCUUUGUGGAAGAGAAGAUCCACACCUACACCCACCCACACCCACACCCACACCCACACUCACACCCACACCCACACCCACACCUACACC